AUGAUACCAAAAUCAGCCUUGGGUAUUGCGGCAGCAGGCGCCGGAAUAUGCUUCAUUGGAUAUUGUGUUUAUUUUGAUCGAAAGAGAAGAAAUGAUCCAAAUUUCAAGCAAAGGUUAAGAGAAAGUAAGAAAGCAAGAAAUAGUGGCAAGAAAUCAUCUGGUUUGACUGAGUUACCCGAUCUAACCAAUCCUGAAGCCAUGCAGAAAUUUUUCUUUCAAGAAAUUCAGUUGGGUGAAGAAUUAUUGGCUGCAGGUGAUAUUGAAGGUGGUGUAGAUCAUCUAAGUUACGCUAUAGCUACUUGUGGUCAACCUCAACAAUUAUUACAAGUUUUACAGCAGACAUUACCACCACAAGUUUUUGCUUUAUUAUUAGAGAAAUUACCAACAGUUGGUCAGGUAAAAUGUUAA